GCGCAUGGAGCGGCGCGGGCCGGGGGCCGCGGCGGCAAGAGGCCGGGCCGGGCCAGGAGGAGCCAGAGCAGCUGAGUCCCACGUCACCAGCAGUGAGGACCACUUCCUGCCACCUACAGACCUGGCCUUUAGGCUGCUCCAAAGCCAAUGAACCCCAUGCACCCCGUGAAACCCGCCCUGCCCCCCACGCCACACGGUGAUGGUCCGUUUGCUUACGAGGCAGUGCCUUGGCAACAGAGCGCCACUCAGCCUGCAGGAUCGCUGUCCGUGGUCACGACCGUGUGGGGCGUCGGCAACGCGGCCCAGAGCCAGGUUUUGGGGAACCCCAUGGGCCCUGCAGGGAGCCCCCCCGGCGGCUCUGUGAUGCCCGGCGUGGCUGGCAGCGGCUCUGCCCUGAGCUCCCCACAGUGCCUUGGACAGCAGGCGUUUGCUGACGGCACCACCAGCAAGGGCUUCGUGCCGCAGGGGGUGUACGGCCGCGGGGGCUACCCUGGCGGCCCCGGCUUCUCCGCUGGGUAUGCGGGCGGUCCGGGGGGGCCCGGGGGCCUGGGUCUGCCCUCACAUGCCACACGACCCUCCACCGAUUUCACCCAGGCGGCGGCGGCGGCCGCGGUGGCUGCUGCUGCGGCCACAGCCACGGCCACCGCCACGGCCACCGUGGCCGCCCUCCAGGAGAAGCAGAGCCAGGAGCUGAGCCAGUACGGAGCGAUGGGGGCUGGGCAGGCUUUUAACAACCAGUUCCUGCAGCACGGAGGUCCCCGGGGGCCCAGCGUCCCCAGCAGUAUGAACCCUGCCGCCGUGGGAGGGCUGCUGGGCCCCUCUGGCAUGAGCCCCAUGGGCAUGAACCCCACCCGGGCAACAGGCAUGGCACCCCUGUAUGCAGGGCAGCGCCUGCCCCAGCACGGGUACCCCGGGCCUCCCCAGGCCCAGCCGCUGCCCCGACAGGGGCUCAAGAGGGCCUACUCCAGUGAGGUUUACCCCGGGCAGCAGAACCUGCCCGGAAGCCAGUAUGCACCUGGCGCUGGGCAGCCUCCCACCCCUUCCUCCUACCCUGGGCACCGGCUGCCCCUGCAGCAGAGUGUGGCCCAGGCCCUGCCAGCCGCCGGCCCUGCAGGAUUGCACUACAAGCCCACAGAGCAGUUCAACGGGCAGGGCGCCAGCUUCAACGGGGGGAGCGUCAGCUACAGCCAGCCUGGCCUGAGUGGGUCCGCCCGUUCCAUCCCUGGCUACCCCAGCUCCCCACUGCCGGGGAGCCCCACGCCGCCCAUGACGCCUGGCAGCAGCGUCCCCUACAUGUCCGCCAGCCAGGAGGUCAAGUCUCCCUUCCUGCCCGACCUCAAGCCCAGUGUGAGCUCCUUGCACCCAUCACCCCCCAGCAGCGGCCCCUGUGACGAGCUGCGGCUGACCUUCCCCGUGCGCGAUGGGGUGGUCCUGGAACCCUUCCGCCUGCAGCACAACCUGGCCGUGAGCAACCACGCCUUCCAGCUGCGCGACUCCGUCUACAAGACCCUAAUGCUGAGGCCUGACCUGGAGCUGCAGUUCAAGUGCUACCACCACGAGGACCGGCAGAUGAACACCAACUGGCCGGCCUCGGUGCAGGUCAGCGUCAACGCCACCCCGCUCACCAUCGAGCGCGGCGACAACAAGACCUCCCACAAGCCCCUGUACCUGAAGCAUGUGUGCCAGCCGGGCCGCAACACCAUCCAGAUCACGGUCACAGCCUGCUGCUGCUCGCACCUGUUCGUGCUGCAGCUGGUGCACCGGCCGGCCGUGCGCGCCGUGCUGCAGGGCUUGCUCAAGAAGCGCCUCCUGCCUGCCGAGCACUGUGUCAGCAAGAUAAAGCGCGACUUCAGCAGCGGAACCGUCCCCGGCGCGCCCGGGCCCAACGGCGAGGACGGCGUGGAGCAGACGGCCAUCAAGGUGUCCCUCAAGUGCCCCAUCACCUUCCGCAGGAUCCAGCUCCCCGCCCGCGGCCACGACUGCCGCCACAUCCAGUGCUUCGACCUAGAGUCCUACCUACAGCUCAACUGUGAGCGGGGGACCUGGAGAUGCCCCGUGUGCAACAAGACGGCGUUGCUGGAGGGGCUGGAGGUGGACCAGUACAUGCUGGGGAUUCUCAUUUACAUUCAGAACUCUGACUACGAGGAGAUCACCAUCGACCCCACGUGCAGCUGGAAGCCGGUGCCUGUGAAGCCCGACGUGCACAUCAAGGAGGAACCCGAUGGGCCCGUGCUGAAACGCUGCCGCACCGUGAGCCCCGCGCACGUGCUCAUGCCCAGCGUCAUGGAGAUGAUCGCGGCCCUGGGCCCCGGGGCCGCCCCGUUCGCCCCCCUGCAGCCCCCCUCGGCCCCGGCCCCUGGCGACUACCCUGGCCAGGGUUCCAGCUUCCUGGGACCUGGGACCUUCCCUGACUCCUACCCGCCCGCCACACCCAGCACCCCGGCCCUUCCUGAGUUCACCACAGGGCUGCCCCCCAGCUCCUAUCAGUCUGACCUUCCCAGCAGCCUCCUGACACCAGAGAAGUCUGCCCCCUGUCUCCCAGGGCAGAUGGCACCAGCGGGUCACCUGGACCCGUCCCACAACCCCGGGCCACAGGGGCUGCAUGCUCCCAGCCUUGGGGGGCCCCCAGGGCCCCAGCUGCACCAUCCAAACCCUCCCCCAGCAUCCCGGCAGCCCCUGGGCCCAGGGAGCUCGGGCCCCAUCGGCGAGCUGGCCUUCAGUGCGGCCACAGGCGUGAUGGGGCCCCCCAUGUCUGGGGCGGGGGAGGCCCCGGAACCAGCCCUGGAUCUGCUCCCAGAACUGACCAACCCGGAGGAACUGCUGUCCUACCUGGGCCCGCCUGACCUCCCCACAAACAACAAUGACGACCUGCUCUCUCUCUUCGAGAACAACUGAUCCUGUAGACCCCACCCAGCCAGCGGGGUCGCGCCAGCAGACAUCACCGUGCCCCGCCCCUCCCCACCUGUGGACCCAGAGCCAGGGCCGGGCCAGCCGCCUGGCCCCUGACACUGGAAGCAUCUGCGCUGGGUGGGAGGGGGCCGCGGGUGGACCCCCGAGCCCCCCUCUCCAGUGGGGAAUGGGGUUCUACUAGAUGCUCAGCCCCGCCCCAAGCCACCGCCUGGCCCCACCCCCACCCCAGCUUUGCCCCGCCCACACACACCUGCUACCCUGGCCUCACGCUUUGCCCCGGUGCCCCCGGUCCUGCCUGCUCCCACCAGCCUGCAUCUUGUCCAGCACUGACCCUUCUGUCUCAACGAGCCCUUUGCUCACGGGCGAGGAGCAGGGCUACUCUCUCCUGAGUCCGAGCUCGCAGUGGGAGUGGGACCCUCUUCCCACUGGAGGCUCCAGGCUAAGGCUUCAGGGCGGGGCGCUCGAAAGCACAACGAUGUACAUAACGCAGGGACACUGCGGGUGUGGAUGGCCCGUCCCUCCAGCGGGGGUGGGGUGGCCGCAGGCUUCGGCCCAAAGGGCUGGGCGCGGAGACCCGCUCUGUGUACAGAUUCUCCAGCGGGCUGCUCCUCCGAGGUCCCCUUUUCCGUGAAAGUGAAGAAUCAGUCCCGCUGUGUUUUUUAAAACUGCCUUUCCCGUGUCCACUCUGAGGCCAAGCCAGGUGGGGGAGGAGGAGCCACUGCCCCCACUGGCCCAGGGCCAAGUUGUGUCCCAUGUCUGCCCAUCUCUAUUAAAGGACUCCCUCACCGCGGG